AUGGUUGUUCUGCUGGGGAACAGCUGGUCUGAUAGGAGUUCAGUGGGGAACGUCAUACUGGGAGGGACUGCAUUCAACACUGAGGAUGAGCCAGACCACUGUUUGAGACUCAGUGGACCGCUAGAGGAGAAAAAAAUAGUUCUCAUCAACACUCCAGAUCUGCUGCAUCCCAAUAUCUUUGAACACAAACUGACAGAACAUGUAGAAAACUGUGUGAGACUCUCUUCUCGUGGACCCCAUGUGUUCCUGCUGGUUCUUCAGCCUGAAGACUUCACUGAGGAACAAAAGAAGAAGCUCUGCAGAGUCCUGAAACUCUUCAGUGAUCAAUCAUUUGAUCAUUCUCUGGUUCUGAUAUCACCACCCAGAGAGGAGAGUUCAGCUUUCAUGGACAAAGAUGAACCAGACCAGCCAUUAAAAGACCUGAUCAGAAUGUGUAGAUACAGAUACUUGAAGCUGAGGAACCUUGAACGUUCAGAGCUGUUAACACGUUUGGGUCAAACUGUAAAAGAGAACAAUGGAAAGCAUGCGAGCUGUGAUGUAUAUCAGGAUGCAGCAUCAGGUUUGGCUCGUGAUCAGGAAGUCCUGAAACAAGCGGAAGAAGACAGUGAAUAUGAUCCACCAAAGCCUGCUGAGGGAAAAGCUCCAGGCGAAUGCACCCAGCCCCCUCAGUGUAAGUAA